UAUAGUGAUAAGAUAUACUCAUGUGGUUUUGGAAUUUGUAGGUUUGUGAGCCGAGAACAAUUGAAGAGGAUAAACAUGUCCAAGUAAUUUCUCCACUUUGUGGGCUAUAUAUUUCACCAAGGAAGCAUCAUUUUCUUCCUGUCUAGCUCACUACAAUAGGCACCACCAAAUACUUUUAUCAACUUUUCAAGAUUAUGUAAUUGUAAUUGUAUAGCCAAGUCAAUCCAGUCCCGUACCAUCCAUUGUAGCUAAGCUCAAGGUGGAAAAAGGACUAAAAUAUAACAACUCGACGGGACUUUGAAGCCAUGAACAUGGAGUUGGAACCACGAGAGAAGAAGGAGGUAGAGAGAGAUGACAUGGAAGAAGACACGAUAGUUCAUCCCGAGGGGCUGGUUGGGACUAUCCUUCCGUGGACAGAGCAGCUAACAGUCCGGGGAGUCGUCGCGAGCAUAGUGAUUGGAACGGUGUUCAGUGUGAUAGCCAUGAAGCUAAACCUCACAACUGGGAUUGUUCCUAAUCUCAAUGUCUCUGCUGCUCUCCUCGCCUUCGUGUUCAUCCGAACGUGGACGAACCUGCUCAAGAAGGCCGGAUUCAAAUCAAAACCCUUCACUCGGCAGGAGAAUACUAUGAUUCAGACUUGUGCUGUUGCUUGUUAUAGUAUUGCUGUGGGAGGUGGAUUUGCAUCUUAUUUGUUGGGAUUAAACAAGAAGACAUAUGAGCUCUCAGGUGUGAACACAGAAGGAAACUCUGCAACCGCUGUUAAGGAACCUGGGCUUGGUUGGAUGACUGGCUUCCUUUUUCUAGUCUGCUUUGUUGGCCUUUUUGUCUUGAUUCCUCUGAGAAAGAUUAUGAUAGUUGACUUGAAAUUGACUUAUCCAAGUGGUUUGGCAACUGCGGUUCUCAUCAAUGGCUUCCACACUCAGGGAGAUAAGAUGGCUAAGAAGCAAGUACACGGAUUCAUGAAGUAUUUUUCAGUCAGCUUCCUGUGGGGAUUUUUCAAGUGGUUUUACAGUGCCACAGAAGAAUGCGGAUUCUCGCAGUUUCCGACAUUCGGAUUGCAAGCGUGGAAGAAUACAUUCUAUUUCGAUUUUAGCAUGACUUUUGUGGGAGCAGGCAUGAUAUGCUCCCAUCUGGUAAACCUGUCUUUGCUUCUCGGAUCUGUGCUCUCCUUCGCGGUAAUGUGGCCGCUCAUUGGCCGGCUUAAAGGACACUGGUUCUCGGAGAGUUUAGACGAAUACGACAUGAAGAGUUUAUACGGUUACAAGGUUUUCCUCUCGGUUUCCCUAAUCCUCGGUGACGGGAUGUACAACUUCAUCAAGAUUCUGGCUUGCACCAUUGUUAAUAUUCAUGUCAGAUUGAAGAACAAGAAUCUCCCAUUGGAUGUCGAGCGCAAGGCAAAGCCGAUUGAAGAAAAACAGAACGAAAUCUUCCUCAGCGAAAACAUCCCUACGUGGGUUGCAGUCGCCGGAUACGUUGUCUUUUCAAUCAUUUCGAUAAUCGCGAUCCCGAUGAUGUUCCCGGAGCUUAAAUGGUAUUAUGUUAUAGUAGCCUACAUGCUUGCUCCGUCUCUUGCAUUCUGCAAUGCGUACGGAGCUGGUCUAACCGAUAUAAACAUGGCUUAUAACUACGGAAAGGUUGCCCUCUUCGUGCUGGCAGCAAUGACGGGGAAAGAGCACGGUGUGGUGGCAGGGCUUGCCGGGUGCGGUCUCAUCAAAUCGGUGGUUUCCGUGGCAUGCAUUCUGAUGCAAGAUCUCAAGACAGCCCAUCUAACUUUCACCUCUCCUAGAGCAAUGUUUGUGAGCCAAGCCAUUGGCACUUUACUAGGCUGUGUGACAGCUCCUCUCAGCUUCUUCCUAUUCUACAAGGCAUUCGAUGUGGGAAACCCGCACGGAGAAUUCAAAGCUCCGUACGCCUUGAUCUACAGAAACAUGGCGAUUCUAGGCGUUCAAGGCUUCUCGGCGCUGCCUCAGCAUUGCCUGCAGCUCUGCUACGGCUUUUUCGCGUUCGCAGUGUUGGUUAACCUAGUCAGAGACUUUUCGCCUAAGAUUGGAAAAUGGAUGCCACUUCCGAUGGUCAUGGGCGUUCCCUUUCUGGUCGGGGCAUACUUUGCCAUAGACAUGUGCAUUGGGAGUCUGAUUGUGUUUGUAUGGCACAAGCUUAACAGCAAGAAGGCCGUGCUGAUGGUUCCGGCGGUUGCUUCCGGAUUGAUUUGCGGCGAAGGGUUGUGGACUCUUCCCGCUUCCAUUCUUGCUCUGGCCAAAGUAAAACCCCCAAUGUGCAUGAAAUUUUUGGGUUCCUAGAGUGAAAAGGCUUAUACAUUUACAUAUAUAUGUGUAUUUAGCGGACGGAAGAAUUGUUGAAAGUUGUAUCCGAUCCUCCUUGAUAAAAAUUUCAUCUUGGUGAGUGAUUCACCACCACUUAAGCAAA